CUGCAAUUCUGAAAAUGUUGUGGCGCAAGGUCCUUGCAUUCGCGCCUUUGGCUGCCUUCGCUGGCGCCCAUCCCAACGCUCACGGCAUCCGAUACUCAAAGCGGGAUUCAACACUCGAGAUAAUCCUCCGCCCCGAGGUGUCUGAAUCUGGCGCCGUAGUUUCCGCCACCAUCAAGAACACCGGCAGCUUGGACCUCAACCUGCUCAAGGUUGGCACCAUCUUGGACGACAAGCUUCCUGUCCAACGUGUGUCCGUCGUUGACGAGUCAGGGAACGCGGUCUCUUUUAGGGGAAUUGAGCCGAGUAUUCAGUACGAUGCCCUGAAGCCGAGGCAUUUUGAGUCGCUUCCAGCUGGGAGUUCAGUGACAGUCUCGAUCGAUCCAGCAAAGGUUCAUCAGUUUACACAGUCCGGCACUUACUCCGUCACUGCUGAAGGCAUAAUCCCCAUUGCUUUAGCUCCGUCUACGGACUUUUCUCAGCCUGCCGUUGCUUUCAAGUCAAAUACCAUCCAGGUCGGCGUGGAUGCAGACGCUGCUGCAAAGUCUUUGGUAACUGCGGCACUCAAGGAGCGCACCAACUUACAGCCAGGAUGCAACGCGACAACGUUGGACGCCAGCACCAAAGCCCUGGCCAACUGUCAGGUUCUCGCCCUCGCUGCGGCAGCGGACGCAGCUGACCCGUCUUCUAAGCGAUUUGUCGAGUAUUUCGGCACCAACUCAUCAGAAACCCGCAACAUCGUCGUCACCCGGUUACAGAAUGUCGCGCAGGAGUGUAGCUCAACCACUUCGGGAGUGUCUCGGUACUUCUGCUAUGAUUACUACGGCGUUUGCGAGCUCGACGGUCCUCUCAACGCUUACACGGCCUGGGAUGUCAACACAAUGGUCAUGUGUCCGCUCUUCUUCGGCCUGCCGCCGCUGCCUGUAGGAUGUCACCGACAGUGUCAAGCUACGACUACGAUCCACGAAACCACACACUGCGAAGCAGUUUAUGCACCUCACACGGACGACUACGCUUAUGCUUACAACGCCAGCGUUGCGUUGACCCCUGAACGGGCUCUGCAAAAUGCUGAUAACUAUUCACUUUACGCCAACGGUAUGCUCCCUCAAUUCUUUUCAGUCUGAUUGUGCGGGAGGACGAGGACUAAUCUUUAGCCAUGAUUAGCUGUUUAUAUGGGCUGUUGAGGUCGAAACAUGCCUGGACAGUAAGACGGGGCGAGAUAAACUCAUCUCCCACUGCAUGGGCAAGCUAGACUACAGGCCGGGGCAGAGAUGACCUUUUCAACGACCGAACUAUUGUCCAUGAGAUCGGCCUACCGCCCACGUGCUACCAUUAAGGUUGAUGUAUUAGGAACCAGAGAUUGUCGGCCACCUC